GGAGUCAAAGCCAGCCGGUAAGCUAAAGUUUGUUUAAACAGCCCUAAUGUUCUUGGCCGGAGCGCUGGAGCUCACACAUACUUAUGAGCGAUGCUGGAUAUAAUAUCCUGUAAAUGAAUGUUUGUUUCCUUAAAAAGAAAAGAAAAAGAAAAAACACCUUAUGAAAGUAGCCAGAGCCGAAUUGCUCACGCGCUGGCAGCUUCUGAACAGAGCAAGUGCUGAUGGACUUUGGUGUAUCCAGGAGAGUUACUGACAGAUGGAUUGUCUGACUGGUAAAAAUGAAGUUGACGAGCAGAUGUUUCCCAUAUUCACAUUCCUCCUCGUUACGAGUCUUCUGCGUACCCAUGACUCUGUAGCCAAGAGAGACUUUGAACCUGCUCUGCUGCCCCUGCCUGAUGAUGCAAUGGAGGAAGAUGAAGAGUCAGUGAAAAUUGUGAGCCUUGUGAAAACCAAAGAGCCACUGGGAGCGACAAUUAAGAAGGACAAAUCCACGGGGGCCAUCGUCGUCGCCAGGAUCAUGAGAGGAGGCUCAGCCGAUAAGAGUGGCCUGAUUCAUGAAGGUGACGAGCUGAAGGAGGUGAAUGGAGUUUCACUAGAGCACAGGAAGCCAAAAGAAAUCCUUCCUCUCCUGGCUUGUUCUGAGGGUGCAGUUAAAUUCAAAAUCAUUCCUGGAUCCACCAAAGAGGAAAUGACAUCACGUGUUACAAAGGUGUUUGUGCGGGCGCUGUUCGACUAUGAUCCCACGGAGGAUCCGACCGUCCCGUGUAAAGACGCGGCCGUGGCCUUCAAACGAGGCGACGUCCUCCAGAUCGUCGGCACGGACGACGACGACACCUGGUGGCAGGCCCGUCGCCUCGGAGACGGCAGCGGUCGGGCGGGCCUCGUCCCUUCAAAGCAGCUGCACGAAAGAAGAGUUGCAUUGCAGCGACCUAGAGCUCUGUUCAAGCUUCACAACGUCAAGCCGCCAGAUGACAGGGAAGUUUUUCCAGUCCCAGAGGACGUAGACUACAGAGCCAUAACAGGAAUCCACAUUGCCGGUCUGAGAAGGAGCUUCAGACUCGGACGGAAAAGCAGCAGAGCCAAGAAACCUGCUCAGUUACGGAGGUGGAGCUCUGAGACUCAUGGUGCAAUCUGUCCCCGUACUUAUAUAGAGGUGGUACCCUACCAUAAGGAGCCAAAGGACAGACACCGCCUCAUUGUCCUGGUUGGGCCCAGCGGGGUUGGCGUGAACGAGCUGAAGAGGAGGCUGGUGAUCUCCGAACCGGACCGCUAUGGCGUCAGUGUGCCGUACACAACACGCGAGAAGAGGAGGCAGGAGAGCGAAGGCCUGGAUUAUCAUUUUGUUUCAGUUCAGGCGUUUGAAGAGCUCAUCCUCAACCACAGGUUUGUAGAGUAUGGAGAGUACAGAGGUAACUACUACGGGUCUAAUCUGGACUCGGUGCAGAGAGUGAUGGCUGAAGGCAAAGUCUGCCUCCUGGAUGUUCACCCAAGCAAAAUAAAGCAUGUUUACACUUCUGAAUUCAAACCAUACGUAGUGUUUGUGAAACCGCCAAGGAUUGAGGAGCUUCGCCUCACUAGGCGGAGAGCUAAAUUUGUCUGUGAUGAAGACAGUACGCAGGUCAGGAUGUUUUCAGAGGAGGACUUUGAGGAGAUGCUCGACCAGGCUGAGAUGUUGGACAGCCAGUACGGCCACCUGUUUGACAAAGUGAUCGUCAACGGAGACGUCGCCGUGGCAUUCAGAGAGCUGAAGGCCGACGUCGAGAAGCUGGAUGAGCCAGAGGUCCAGUGGGUUCCCGCAGCGUGGAUGCGCUCGGCACCAACAAAAGCGUGGAGAAGCUGCAGCAGCUUGACUGGCUGGAUUUGAAUGGGGAUCGCUCACGAUUGCAUCAAAUAUUCCUUAAGGGCCCCUUUUAAAUCUUGUUUAAUAUAGUCUCCUUAAAAGUGAUGCACACUAUGUUCCUCUGUGCAUAAGUGCUGUGUUUGAGUUGAAUAAAUUUAGAUAAUAAUCUCCGUCA